AGGCACCCUAACUUGCGUAAGCGUAACCUGCGUAACCUAAUGAGUAGCUAGAAUAGGCACACUGCGUAUUCUAGUAGAUUACUAGAAUGUACGCUAUUCUGAAAAUUCCAUUUUACAUGGCGCGUACUUCGCGUUAAAUGCGCAUAAAGCGUAACAAGCCUGAUCAAUAACAGAUCAGGCCUUCUGUUGUACAAUACAACAGAAAUAAAUUGAUUGGUUGUUAUUAUUUAAGCGUAUUGCUAAAUAUGCGUCAUGUGAAAUAGAUACUUUGAUGUAAGAAUGUGUUGAAGCGUAAUAUGUGUGUAAUGUAUGUACGAGUAUGCGUGAAAUAACCUAAAUAAAGUAUACGGAGUGGUUGACUAGUUGACGACGCGUGUCUUGACACAAACAAAAAAAACAGACUGAUUGACAACGCGUGUCUUGAUACAAACACAAAAAAAGCGGACUGCUUGACGACGCGUGUCUAGCACAAAAAACCUGGAAUCUCUUAAACAUGGAUUCUAAUCUUGUAUUAGCGGUUCUUGUCAACAAAUUGCAGAAGUGGAGAAAGUUAAAAGCAACAUUACAGCACCGGAAAAUUGAAAAAAGGAAUAUAGCGAAACUUAUUGUGCUAUGGAAACUUUUAGUGGAGCGUAAGAGAAAAGAAGAAAAUCAGAGAACAUGGGUUCGUCCAAUUUUCACGGAGUUACGAAGAUAUUUGCAAGGAGCCAGUGAUAAUCUAGUUGUAGAAAUGGAACUACAAGAUAAGGAAAUGUUUUACAAUUACUGUAGAAUGUCUACAGAAGUAUUCGAACAGUUAUUGAAUAUUGUUGGACCUUUUCUGAAUAAACAUAGUGUUGUUCGAGACCCAAUACCGGCUCGCACAUGGCUGUUAGUGUGCUUACGUUACUUAGCUUCCGGUGACAAUAUGGCCUCAAUAGCUUACACAUUUAGAAUCGGAACAAGCACUGUUUCAAAGAUUAUUAAUGAAACAUGCGACAUAUUAUGGAAUUCUCUCCGCGAAUCUGUAAUGCCACCAAUAAAUGAAGAAAGUUGGUUAAAAAUCGCGGAUGAGUUUGAAAGGAAAUGGAAUUUCCCACACUGUAUAGGUGCGAUAGACGGCAAGCACGUUAUUUUACAGGCACCACCUCAUAGCGGGUCGGUAUAUUAUAAUUAUAAAGGGACGCAUAGUAUUAGUUUGUUAACAGUUUCGGACGCCAAUUACUGCUUCACGCUAGUUGAUAUUGGAGCCGAGGGUAGACAGAGUGAUAUAUGGAGGUAUUUUUGCAAACUCAAACUUUGGUCAACGAUUUGAAAGAAAUGAGAUGAAUGUACCACAAUCGAAUGCAAUAGAACCAAACGGACCUCCUCUACCAUACGUGUUACUGGCAAAUGAGGCAUUCACUCUGAAACAGUAUAUGAUGCGACCGUAUCCUCGAAGUGGUCGAUUAAAUCGCCAGAAAAAAAUAUUUAAUUACCGUUUAAGUCGAGGGAGAAGAGUAGUCGAAAGUUCGUUUGGAAUUAUGACAUCACGAUGGCGGAUCUAUCGGCGGCCGAUAAUUUCAUCUAUCUCUACUGCAACAAAAAUUGUCCAAGCGACUACAUGCUUACACAAUUUUGUAAUGAAACAUGAAAACAAUUUCCAAAGGCAGUACCCUCGCACUGCCACAAAUGAUACAGACUGUAUUCACGGUGCAUUGAGAGAAAUUAACGAUGCUGGCAGAUGUAACGCUCACACUCGACUUGUUUCUAGAACCCGAGACGAUUUUGCCUCGUAUUUUGAACACGGCGGAGCAGUACCUUGGCAGUGGCAGAAAGUUCUUAACAAUGAUUUUUAAUUAUACACUUUCCAUAUCUCCGUAUAAAUGGUAUAUAUACAAGUAAUCUGCCCCAUGAGACGGAUGUCAUUGUUCUGUAAAAUAUAUUACUGUUGUCACAGGAUUACACAGUUUAGUUGAAAACCAGAAGUAAAA